GUCGGUUAACCCGACCCGAUCUAAAAAUCCUACGCAACUGAAGAGAGAGGUUUUCACUGAAAGAGGAGUCACCAGGGUUUCAAGAAACACCGCAAAACCCCUUCAAGAAUUCUUCUUCUUGAACGCUAAAAGUAUGGUGGGAAAGAAGGGAGGAAGCAAAGGAAUGGGGGCAGCAGAAGAUGCAGAGGAAGAAUUGGCUCGUACCCCUUUGCAAGCUAUUAUCUUGGCUGAUAGUUUCACCACAAAGUUCCGACCCAUCACUCUUGAACGCCCUAAAGUACUGCUACCAUUGGUCAAUGCCCCUAUGAUAGAUUAUACCUUGGCAUGGCUUGAAUCUGCUGGUGUUGAAGAAGUUUUUGUUUUCUGUUGUGCUCAUUCCAAGCAAGUGAUUGAUUAUUUGGAUAAGUCCAAUUGGUUUGGCCAACCAAACUUUUCAGUCACAACGAUCGAAUCACACAAUGCUAUUAGUGCAGGAGAUGCUUUGCGUUUAAUCUAUGAGCAACACGUGAUACGCGGUGAUUUUAUCCUCGUCAGUGGAGAUACUGUGAGCAACAUGUCACUAUCACAGGCACUUAAGGAACAUAAGGAGAGACGAAGAAAGGAUAGCAAUGCUGUAAUGACCAUGGUCAUUAAACAGUCAAAGGCUUCACCUGUAACUCGCCAAUCUCGUCUUGGAACUGAAGAGCUUUUUAUGGUAAUUGAUCCAGAGACGAAGCAGCUGCUGUAUUAUGAAGACAGGGGAGAUAAUUUAAAAGGAUAUUUAUCUCUUGACAAGGCAUUGCUCACUGAUAAUACUUCCAUUUCCCUUCAAAAUGACAAGCAGGAUUGCUACAUUGACAUUUGCUCCCCAGAAGUUUUGAGUCUUUUCACGGAUAAUUUUGACUAUCAACAUUUGCGGCGUGAUUUCGUGAAGGGGUUGCUCGUCGAUGAUAUAAUGGGUUAUAAAAUUUACACUCAUGAAAUUCAUUCAAGUUAUGCGGCUAGAAUUGACAAUUAUAGAAGUUACCACACCAUUAGCAAGGACAUAAUUCAGCGGUGGACAUAUCCUUUGGUGCCUGAUGUCCAAUUUUUUGGAAAUUCUGCUACUAAAUUGGAAAGGCAGGGCAUGUAUCGAGCACCUGAAAUUAAGCAAUCCCGCUCAUCGAAAAUUGGUUCCUUUACUGUCAUUGGGUCUGGAACCAGUAUUGGGAACAACACAGAGAUUUCGAAUUCAGUUGUUGGGGAAGGUUGCUCAAUUGGGUCAAAUGUCACUAUAGAAGGUUGCUAUAUAUGGCAUAAUGUCACUAUUGAAGAUGGCUGCAAAUUGAAGCACUCAAUAGUUUGCGACGGUGUGACAAUGAAGUCUGGAGCAGCUUUAGAGCCUGGUGUCGUCUUGUCUUUUAAGGUUGUGAUUGGCAGGAGUUUCCUUGUACCUGCUUACUCCAAGGUAUCUUUGCAUCAGCAACCUAUCAGGCAAGAUAGUGAUGAGGAACUGGAAUAUGCUGACAAUAGUAGUGGGAUCACUGAAAGUCCAUCUGUCUCUGGUACUUUGGACCUGUUGAAUGAGGAAGAGAGGACUGAGUUACCUGACUCACAAGAGUAUGAGGUUGGUGAUGGUGGAGUAGGUUUCAUAUGGCUAAUCAGUGAGGCUGGACAGGAAGAAGAAUGGAGACACUCUGUUGCACCAAUUCCUGUGGAUAAACUUGUUGCGAUCAUGCAAAUCUCUAAUGAUGAAGCGGAUUUACCAAAUGAAGAUGGUGCUUUUCUUCCACCUUCUGGAGAACUGGGACCUGACUCUAUUACUAAUGAUUCCAAUGAAGACGCUGAAGACAUUAGAGAUGACUCUGUGAUUUUUGAAAGAGAAGUUGAAGCAACUUUUCAAAGGGCUGUAGAGGAAGAUGUAACAGAUGACCAUGUAAUCUUAGAAGUUAAUUCAUUGCGGUUGUCAUACAAUAUGGCAUCUGCAGAUUGUGCUGGUGCUCUAUUUUAUUCGGUGAUGAAAUUGGCACUGGAUGCUCCACAUGACUCGCCUAAUGAAUUGUACAAGAAUGUUGUCUCCACGGUUAGAAAAUGGAAAAAGCUUCUGAAAUAUUACUUGCCAAGCAUUGAUGAAGAGAUUGAAGUAAUUUUGAAGUUUGAAGAAAUGUGCUUGGAGUCUGCGAGGGAUUAUUCUCCAUUAUUUGUACAGAUUUUGCAUCAUCUGUACGAUCAGGAUAUUAUACAAGAAGAGGCAAUACUUGACUGGGCUUCUGAAAAGGAAGGAGCAGAGGAGUCGGAUAAGAUUUUUGUCAAGCAAUCAGAAAAAUUUAUUCAGUGGCUCAAGGAAGCAUCUGAAGAAGAGGACGAGGAUUGACACAGUUAUUCAAGACCGUAAAUUUAAAGCUGUUUCAACUACCUAGAGCUACCUCACAGUUUGCCUUGGAUGAACAUGGUACUCACUACUCAGAAACCUGACACAGCUGAGAAUCAAAACCUUAACCUCCUCCUCCGUCGCAUAACCUAAAUGUGUCAUUUAUACCCUUUUACAUCACUUGUAUAAUCAUCAAAUAAUUCAUCUAUAGUAAAACUGAGGUCCCAUUUAGUCUGUAGUCUCUUCUGUAGCAAUUGCAGAGGUCAGUUUUGUUUCAAUAGAAUUGUCUCGAGGAAACUUCGAUAUGUCAACUGUGUGCGGAAAUGUCAAGUAGUGAAGGAUUAGUUGCAAUGAAGCUUCAGAUGAUGGAGGGAGACAUUGUUUCCUGCUAGGUAAUUGGACGUUCUAUGCCAUAAAACAACAUUCGAGCUUCUAUGUAUCGAUUUUUUUCACUAAAUCCGUAGAACUGCUUAGUUGUAUCUUGAGUAUCUCACAAGAGUUUGUUUUAUGUUAUUGCUGUUGUAUAUUAACUUUUUCCUUCUCUGUU